AUGUCGUAACUUCUAAUGGUGUGGUUGAAUGAUGAAGUGUAGUUGAGUAGGAAGGUGACAUCAUUUGAAAAGGAUUUUAAUAAUGGGUAUCUAUUUGGAGAGUUACUGAGUAAGUUCAAUCAACAACUGAAUUUUGAAGAAUUCUCUAAUAAGUAAUUAUAAUUUUCUAAAUUUAGAGAUGUAAGAGAAGCUAAGAUGAAAAAUUUCACUUUAUUGGAACCAACAUUUAAAACUUUACAUAUUCCAUUUAAUUUUCAAAUUGCUGAUCAAGUAAUUAAAGGAAAAAAAGGUGUUGCUAUGUAAAUGCUUUAUCAAUUACAAAUGGUAUGUAUACUAAUCAUAAUCAUAGUAAUUGUAAAAAGUAAAUGAUCCUCAUGAUGUAAUGAUGCAUGCAAAAACUGGUAAAUAUAAUGUAAUAUAACCAUUAAUGGUUAUAAGAUAACCAAAAGAGUAAUUUGAUAAAAUGGAAUAAGAGUUCUUUGUAUCUAAACUAAAUGAAAAAAAUAAAGCAUAAAAGGAUGUUANUUUCUAAAUUUUUAGUAAUCUUAUAAUAAUUUAAUAUCAGGAGGUGCAGAUAAUAAAAUUUUUGUUUUAAAUGUAGAAAAAGGAAAGAAAGAACUUGAAAUAAAAAUUCAUAAAGGUUAAGUAAAUUCAUUAAAGUUAAUAAAAGAUAUUUUAAUAUCAGGUAGCAGUGAUCAUACUAUUAAAUAUUAUAAUUUAGAAGAAUAGAAAGAGAUUUCUGUAAUAUCAGGUCAUCAAAAUACAAUAACUUCAAUUGCAGUAACUCCAGACUGUAAAAUGCUUAUAUCUGGUAGUGAUGAUAUAAGUAUAGGAGUUUGGGAUAUGAUGACUUAAAAAUAAUUAGCUAGUCUAUAAACUUCUGAUUAAGUAAAAUGUAUUGAUAUUUGCCCUAAUGGAUAAAUCUUUGCAGCAGGUUGCUAUGAUGGUUCUAUUCAUUUAUACAAAAUAAUAGAUAAUUAGAAGUUUGAUUGUUAUAAGACUUUUUCAAUGUGUCCUCUCAUUUAAGCUAGGGAUUGCAUUUUAAAGAAUUCAAAAAUAUAAUCAAGAACUGAUUCUUUGGAACCGCUUUUGAUAUAGAAAGGAGCGAUUAAAAUAUGA